AUGGCUGAGAACACACGUUUAAAAGAUUUACAGACACAGGUUACCUCGUUGGUGAGCUGGAUGGAAAAGCAAAAUGAUAGAGAUAAGAUGAAUCAAGACCUGAUUGAUAAAACAGAGCAGCGUAUGAAUCAGAUGCAGAUAGCCAUUGAUCAUCUAAUCAAACUUCAAACUCAGCACGUUGGUGAUACGAACUCAAAGAAUGGAGCACAGUCUGCAAAUUCCGGGAUGUUCUCUGUAGCGAUGCCUGUUCGCGACAUAUCGUUGGGUUUUCCUCAUUUCGAUGGUCACACUCCAGUGUUAGAAUGGAUCUUUAAGGCAGAAAAAUUCUUCAAUUACCACAAUACUCCGGAUUUGGAGAGAGUGGAAAUAGCUGCGAUGCAUUUUGAGAAGGAUGUUAUUCCAUGGUUUCAGAUGUUGCAGAAGGAGCAUGUCUUCCAGUCUUGGAAUGAUUUGAAACGUGCCCUGGAGUCCCAAUUUGGUCCUUCCCCGUUUGAUAACCCCAUGGCUGAGUUGUUCAAAUUGACACAAAAUGGUACAGUUGCUGAUUACUACCUGAAAUUCAUGAGUUUAGCCAAUCGAUCUGAAGGGUUAACUUCUGAAGUUCUUUUAAAUUGCUUUUUGAGUGGGUUGAAUAAGGAUAUUAGACGCGAUGUGGUAGCUCAGAGUCCUCCAAAUUUAUUGAGAGCUGUGUCACUGGCUAAAUUGUUCGAGGAAAAAUAUGUCCCUGAGGCUAGUGUUCGAAACCCACCACAGGGCCAUCGAUAUUCCAAUAUUACCUUCAAUUCUAACCAGAAUAAUGUUCCUAGACACCCUCUGAAGCCUCAUUAUAAUUCCCAGCCUCUACCUCCAUUAUUACCCACCCCUUCAGGACCUCCUUUUCGAAAUUCCAAUGUGAAGAAAAUCAGUCCUGCAGAAAUGCAAUUACGUCGAGAGAAGGGCCUUUGUUAUUUUUGUGAUGAGAAAUUUUCUUUCAAUCAUAAGUGUCCCAACAGACAGUAUUUACUGUUACAAAUGGAAGAGGAUGAAAAGGAGUUAGAAACCGUGCAACCAGAAAUGGACUCUCUCAAUAGUAUAGCGGGAGUGGUGGACACUGAGGAGGCAUUGCAUUUGUCCUUCAAGGCUUUGAAUGGAGGAGCAGGAGUUGGUACCAUCCGUUUUGUUGCACACAUUGGUUCUCUGCCUGUCCAGGUUUUGGUUGAUGGAGGUAGCUCUGAUAAUUUCCUUCAACCAAGAAUUGCUAAGUUCUUGAAAUUACCUGUUGAACCAGCUCCUAUGUUCAGAGUUAUGGUGGGGAAUGGUAAUUACAUGGCUGCUGAAGGCUUGGUUAGUGAGCUAACUAUUCGGACACAGGGAGUCAAAUUUCAAUUACCAGUUUUUUUACUACCAGUUUCUGGAGCUGAUUUAGUUCUUGGUGCUAGCUGGUUAAAAUCCAUUGGGCCACACAUUGCUGAUUACUCUUCAUUACAGUUGAAGCUCUUAUACAAUGAUAAGUAUGUAACAUUACAAGGUGAUCAUACAAUUUUGCCUACUCCUGCACAAUGCCACCAUAUAAAAAGACUGGUCCAUACCAAAUCCAUUGCGGAAAUUUUUAGUAUGCAACUCAUUGAACCGACUUCUCAGCAAUUUCCAGAGCUAGAACUCCCUCAGGAUAUGGAACCUGAAUUGGUUCUAUUGCUACAUACAUAUGCUGCGGUGUUUGGAAAUCCUACGUCCUUACCUCCUCCUAGGACACAUGACCACUCCAUUCCUUUGGUUGAAGGUUCUCAACCAAUUAAAGUUAGAGCCUAUCGAUAUCCUCAUAGUCAGAAGGAGGAAAUUGAGAAGUUAGUGGCCGGUCUGUUGCAAGAAGGAAUGGUGCAAACCAGUACCAGUCCUUUCUCUUUUCCAAUCAUAUUGGUCAAAAAGAAAGAUGGAUCUUGGCGGGUUUGUACUGAUUACAGAGCUCUUAAUGCUAUUACCAUCAAAGACACAUUUCCUAUACCUACGGUUGAUGAGUUGAUAGAUGAGGUCUUUGGUGCUUGUUUUUUUUCAAAGCUUGACUUGCGAUCUGGUUAUCACCAGAUAUUGCUUAAACCGGAAGAUAGGCAUAAGACAGCUUUUCGAACUCAUCAUGGUCAUUUUGAGUGGCUAGUUAUGCCAUUUGGUUUGACUAAUGCACCCGCCACAUUCCAGAGUUUGAUGAAUGAAGUUUUUAAGGGUGUUUUGAGAAAAUUUGUGUUGGUAUUUUUUGAUGAUAUAUUAAUCUACAGUGCUACAUGGGCGGACCAUCUCGCUCAUUUGGAAUUUGUAUUGAGAACAUUACAACAACACCAACUUUAUGCUAAAUUUUCUAAAUGUUCCUUUGGUGUCAGGGAAAUUGAUUAUUUGGGACAUACAUUAACUGGAGCAGGGAUUGCUAUGGAAACUAGCAAGUUAGAAGCUGUUAAAGCAUGGCCUCAACCUACCACACUGAAACAAUUAAGAGGAUUCUUAGGUCUUACUGGGUACUAUCGACGGUUUGUUAAAAAUUAUGCCUCUAUUGCAGCCCCUCUAACUGAGUUGCUUAAAAAGGACUCUUUUCAAUGGUCUGAAUCAGCCACUAAUGCUUUUAUGAAAUUAAAGGAGGCCCUUACUUCAGCACCUGUACUGGCGGUGCCCAAUUUCAAGGAAGAGUUUAUUCUGGAAACCGACGCUUCCGGCUUGGGAAUAGGGGCAGUUUUGAGUCAGAAUUCUCAUCCUAUUGCUUAUUUUUCUAAAAAGCUGUCAACACGGAUGCAAAAGCAGUCGGUGUAUACUAGAGAGUUUUAUGCUAUUACUGAAGCUCUUGCAAAGUUUCGACACUAUCUCCUCGGCCACAAAUUCAUUAUCAAGACUGACCAAAAGAGUCUUAAGGAGUUGUUGGAGCAGACACUGCAAACCCCGGAGCAACAACAGUGGCUACCUAAAUUUUUGGGUUAUGAUUUUAAGAUUCAGUACAAGCCUGGCAAGGAUAACAUUCCAGCUGAUGCCUUAUCAAGAAGCUUUCACUUGGCCUGGUCUGAACCUCGAAGCGGGUGGUUAACUAAAGUAGUUGAGUUGAUGCCCAAAGAUGAAUGGUUGAGUUCUCUGUAUCAACAACAUUUAAAUAAUGAAAUCACUGACAUAGAUUAUACUGUUAAAGAUGGCUUGUUAUUAUGGAAGGGUAGAUUGAUGAUUCCGGAUGACUUGGCUCUCAAACAGGCUAUUUUACAUGAGUUUCAUAGUACGAAGAUAGGUGGACAUGCGGGAGUAACUCGAACUAUGGCUAGGAUCAGUCAACAGUUCUUUUGGCCGAAGAUGCAGGCAGAUGUCAGAGCAUUUGUCCGAAACUGUAAUGUUUGUCAACAAGCCAAGGUUGAUCAAACACUGCCUUCAGGGUUGUUACACCCUCUUCCUAUUCCACAACAGAUUUGGGAGGAUAUCAGUAUGGAUUUCAUAACUCAAUUACCUAGCUCUAAUGGCUUUUCUACAAUUAUGGUGGUGGUAGACCGAUUGUCUAAGUUCACUUACUUUAUUCCUCUCAAAGCAGAUUUUAAUAGUAGGAUGGUUGCUGAUGCUUUCAUCCAGCAGGUGGUCAAGAUCCAUGGUUUCCCUAAGACUGUGGUGUCUGAUAGGGAUAGAGUAUUCAUUAGUGCAUUUUGGCAACAACUCUUCAAGGCUCAAGGUACAACGUUGGCUAUGACUUCCGCAUAUCAUCCUCAAUCCGAUGGCCAAACGGAGGCUUUAAAUAAGACCUUGGAAAUGUACUUAAGAUGUUUUGUGUAUGACAAUCCAAAGUCUUGGCAUUCUAUGAUUCCUUGGGCACAAUUUUGGUAUAAUUCGGCUUAUCAUCAUAGUAUUCAUAUGACGCCUUUUAAGGCUGUAUUUGGGAGAGAUCCUCCAAUCAUUGUUCCUUAUGUUAAAGAUUUGAAGGAUCCCGUCUCUCUUCAAGAUACUUUAACAGCUCGUGACCAACUGAUUCAUGAGCUUAAAUUCAAUUUGGAAAAGGCUCAGAAUUACAUGAAAGGACAGGCUGAUAAGAAGAGGAAAGAGGUAUACUUUGAGGUGGGGGACUUGGUAUUGGUUAAGUUACAACCAUACCGUCAACAUUCGGUGGUUUUGAGGAAGAAUCAUAAAUUGGGGUUGCGUUUUUUUGGCCCAUUUGAGAUCAUUCAGAAGAUUGGUGAUGUUGCAUACAAAUUGAAAUUGCCUACCACUGCUAGAAUUCAUCCCGUAUUUCAUGUGUCUUUGUUGAAGAAGUUCCAUGGCACUCCAGUUGAGCAAUAUUUGCCUUUGCCAUUGACUACUUCAGAAUUUGGACCGACCUUGCAACCUGAGAAGAUUUUGGAUUCGAGAGUAAUUGUUCGUGGUGCGGAACAAAUUCCUCAGGUGUUGGUUCAGUGGGAGUCAACCAAACCAGAAUUGGCAACUUGGGAAGAUGCUCUGCUGCUGCAACAAUCUUAUCCAUCCCUCACCCUUGAGGACAAGGGUGUUUUAAAAGGGAAGGGUAUUGUAACACGUGAGCUGCAUGAUGGGAGUGAACGACAUGUUAUUAUGAAUGAAAGACAGGUGGAACGUGAUCAGGGACACGUGGAACUUGAUCAGCAGGAGGUGGAGAGCAGACGCAGCACUAGGAUUCGUAAGGAAAAUUCUCUUUUAAAAGGAUUUGCGCGACGACCCUCUGGUUGUGAUGCAUCCAUACUUAUAAAUUCCAUAACGUCUAACACAGCAGAGAAAGAAGCAGGAGCAAACAACGACGUUCGGGGCUUUGACCUAAUCGAUGAAGUGAAGGAAAACCUGGAAUCUGCAUGCCCUUCAACAGUGUCAUGUGCAGACAUCAUAACCCUAGCUACCCGAACUGCAGUGGCCUUAUCUGGAGGACCCAAAUACCAAGUUCCCACCGGAAGACGCGAUGGAUUGGUCUCCAACGUCGACGAUGUCACCAUUCCAGGACCCUUCCAACCCGUUUCAGUAAUUUCUCAAUUUUUCAAUAGGAAUUUGGGCCUCACAACGCAGGAAAUGGUGACCCUUUUUGGUGCACACACGGUUGGUGUUGCACACUGCGGUUUGUUUGCUGGUAGACUCUCGAGUCCUGACCCUACAAUGGACCCUGUUUUGAAAGCUAAGUUGGUGAAGUUGUGCAACAGGGGUGGUGAUCCUUCUACGCCCUUGGACCAGAACACUUCUUUGCUUGUUGAUAACGACUUCUACCAGCAGAUUCUUGCCAAGAAAGGGGUGCUGCAGAUUGAUCAGCAGCUUGCCUUGGAUAAAAGUACGAAAGGGUUUGUGACAGAUUUGGCUUCUGACGAGGCUAAGUUCCAAAAGAGCUUUGCAAAUGCGAUGGUGAAGAUGGGGAGUGUUGAUGUUCUGGUUGGGAAUCAAGGAGAAAUUCGCAAGAAAUGCUCGGUCUUCAAUAAACGCAGCUAG